CCACUGUACUGCAGCACCACCUGGUGGCUGUGGAAUGGAACAUACAGAAAGGCAAAAGAAAAAACCUAAGUGUAAAGGGGACAAUCUUAAUCCCACAAAGAAUCCAGAAGCUGAUUCUUGCUAAAGUGACGGGUCAAAAGCCUUUUGUACAGAAAUCCCUAGGUCAGAAUUAGCCCCUUUCAGAAAACUCACAAAAUGUGGCUGAAGUCUUGUUCAUCUUAAUUUUCCAAUUGCAGGUUUGUUAUCUUCACCAGCUCCCUUCACCUGUUUCUCAUAUACAGACAAUAACAGAAUUUGGAAUGCCCUUUUAUUCCUUUUUUAUUUCCCACUGAAGGUAGAAUCAUUCAUGGCAGGUGCGAUUCAACUCCUCCCAAGACCACAUGCUUUGAAGUUUGUGAGGGCCUCUAAAUUGCCUUAUAGGAUCCAGAGGCAAAGCAGUGGUGCCGUUUCUCCCGGAGAUUUCUCAGACUUGGAAGCCCUGUAUAGAGAAGCACCAGAGUAUUUUAAUUUUGCAAGAGAUGUGCUGGAUAACUGGAGCCAGAAAGAAAAGGAUGGAAGGAGGCCCUCCAGCCCUGCUCUCUGGUGGGUAGGUGACCAAGGCGAGGAGGUGCAGUGGGGCUUUGAGGAGCUGGGAUUCUUAUCCAGGAAAGCGGCUGAAGUGCUCUCGCAGGCUUGCGGUCUCCGCAAAGGGGACAGAGUCAUCGUGAUUCUCCCGAGGGUCCCCGAGUGGUGGCUGAUCACCGUGGGCUGCAUCCGAGCAGGCAUUGUCUUUAUUCCAGCCACUGUCCUACUGACUGCAGAAGACAUCCAGUACAGACUCCAAAUCUCUAAGGCCAAAUGCAUCAUUACAAAUGAUGUUGUCGUGCCCUUAGUAGAUUCUGUCGCAUCGGAGUGUCCUUUACUGGAAAGACGGAUGCUGGUCUCCAAAGGAGGCAGCAGAGAAGGAUGGCUGAACUUCCAUGCCCUGCUUGAGGCUGCCUCAGAUGAGCACCAACCUGUGCAGACCAAGAGUCAAGAUCCCAUGACCAUCUAUUUCUCAAGUGGGACCACAGGAUACCCCAAAAUGGUGGAACACUCCUGCAGCAGUUUGGGCAUUGGACUUAUAGCUUCUGCGAGGUACUGGAUGAAACUGACUCCCUCCGAUACGAUGUGGGGUCUGACUGAUACGGGCUGGGUAAAAUUCGCCUACAGCAGUCUUUUUAGCCCGUGGAUGGUUGGUGCCACCAUCUUCUCCCAUGGCAUGCUCCAGUUUAAGCCAACAGUUGUCCUAAAUUCUCUUGCCAAAUAUCCAGUGACAACCUUCUGUGGCACUCCAACAAUCUUUCGCAUGCUUCUGCAGCAUGAUGUGAGCAGAUACAAUUUCAAGAGUCUGACGGCAUGUCUGAGUGGUGGAGAGCCCAUUAACCCUGAAGUUAUAAGGCAGUGGAAAGCUCAGACAGGAGUGGACAUCUAUGAAGGCUACGGGCAGACAGAGACAACCUUGGUGUGUUUCAGAUCAAAAGAGAUGAAGUUCAAGCCUGGGUAUAUAGGCAAGCCAUGCCCUCCCUUUCAAAUUCAGAUAAUAGAUGAAGAUUGCAAUCAACUCCCUCCUGGGAAAGAAGGAGACAUUGCCAUUAGAAUCAAACCUAAAAGACCCUUGGGUCUCUUUUCUGGCUACGUGGAUGAUCCUGAGAAAACAGCCUCGACAGAACGUGGGGACUUCUACAUUACCGGGGACAGAGGGAUCAUGGAUAAAGAUGGAUACAUCCAGUUUGUCUCAAGAGCGGAUGACAUCAUCCUGUCCGCUGGGUAUCGCAUCGGUCCGUAUGAAGUAGAGCACGCCUUGUCGGGGCACCCAGCUGUCGCAGAAUCGGCCGUGGUCAGCAGCCCAGACCCCGUCAGAGGAGAGGUUGUGAAAGCUUUCAUCAUCCUGUCUCCUGCCUACCAGUCCCAUGACAAAGAGCAAUUAACCCUUGAGCUGCAGAAGUAUGUCAAGGAAGUGACUGCCCCGUACAAGUACCCCAGAAAGAUAGAGUUUGUUCAAAAUCUGCCCAAGACAAUUUCCGGGAAAGUCCAAAGGAAGGUGCUGAGAAAGAAAGAGUGGGAGAAGGUCUAA